AUGGCGGCGCGGUGCUCUACACGCUGGUUGCUGGUGGCCGUGGGGACUCCGCGGCUGCCGGCUGCAGCGGGGAGGGGGGCUCGGCCGCCCAUGGGGGGCGUGGUGGGGGCGUCACUGGGCCGCAGUCUGAGCGUCCCAGCCUUUGCGCCUUCCCUGGGAGCUCGCGGUCCCGGGGCGCUGCUGACUUUGAGACCGGGUGUCAGCCUCACAGGAGUAAAAAGUUACCCUUUUCUUUGUACUGCCUCCUUCCACACGAGCGCCCCUUUGGCCAAAGAGGAUUAUUACCAGAUAUUAGGAGUGCCCCGAAGUGCCAGCCAGAAGGAGAUCAAGAAAGCUUAUUACCAGCUCGCCAAGAAAUAUCACCCAGACACGAAUAAGGAUGAUCCCAAAGCCAAGGAGAAGUUCUCCCAGCUGGCAGAGGCCUAUGAGGUCCUGAGUGAUGAAGUGAAGAGGAAGCAGUAUGACACCUAUGGCUCUGCUGGCUUCGAUCCUGGGGCCGGCAGCUCUGGGCAGAGCUACUGGAAAGGAGGCCCCACUGUUGACCCUGAGGAGCUCUUCAGGAAGAUCUUUGGGGAGUUCUCAUCCUCCUCUUUUGGAGACUUCCAGAGUGUGUUCCAUCAGCCCCAGGAGUACAUCAUGGAGUUGACAUUCAAUCAAGCUGCCAAGGGUGUCAACAAGGAGUUCACCGUGAACAUCACUGAUACCUGUGAGCGGUGUGAUGGCAAAGGGAACGAGCCCGGCACCAAGAUGCAGCACUGCCACUACUGCGGUGGCUCCGGCAUGGAAACCAUAAAUACAGGCCCUUUUGUGAUGCGCUCCACAUGUCGGAGGUGUGGUGGCCGGGGCUCCAUCAUCACGUCUCCUUGUGUGGUGUGCAGAGGAGCAGGAGAAGCCAAGCAGAAGAAGAAGGUGGUGAUCCCUGUGCCUGCCGGAGUCGAGGAUGGCCAGACUGUGAGGAUGCCUGUAGGAAAAAGAGAAAUUUUCAUCACAUUCAGGGUGCAGAAAAGCCCCGUGUUCCGGAGGGACGGUGCAGACAUCCACUCCGACCUCUUCAUUUCCAUAGCUCAGGCCAUUCUGGGAGGCACCGCCAGAGCGCAGGGCCUGUAUGAGACCAUCAACGUGAUGAUUCCCCCUGGGACUCAGUCAGACCAGAAGAUUCGCAUGAGCGGGAAAGGCAUCCCCCGGAUUAACAGCUAUGGCUAUGGAGAUCACUACAUUCACAUCAAGAUCAGAGUUCCAAAGAGACUGACAAGCCGGCAGCAGAGCCUGAUUCUGAGCUACGCUGAGGAUGAGACCGAUGUGGAGGGGACAGUGAAUGGCGUCACCAACACAAGCACUGGUGGUAGCACCAUGGAUAGCUCCGCAGGAGGCAAGGCUAGGCCUGAGGCUGGGGAGGACAAGGAGGGACUCCUUUCCAAACUUAAGAAAAUGUUUACCUCCUGAUAUCCCAGCCGAGGAAAACGGUCCACCGGAAACUAGGCCGGGAGCAGCAGCCCCUCCUUGUGGCCAGGGCAUCUGAGAUGCAGGAGGAUUCCACACAGCAGCACCGAGCCCCUGCCUGCAGAGGCCCUCUGGACCACCUUGGAAAACAGCAAAAUCAUGUGACAAUGCACCUCUCCAUGGAAGGGUCAUGGUGGACAGCCCCUGGGCAGUAAGGCAUGGCAGGUCUCAGGGCUGGUAGUUUCCUAUCCAUGGGUAGGUAACUUGGCCUCUUCUGGCUCCGGCAGAGUCAGACAGCUGGACAUUUCUUGCAGAGCUAAAACUCUGAUUUGGAAUCAAAUGUGGUUAAAGAAUUAAAGGCCAUGCUUACAGCUUAAAAAUGAAGCCUUAAGUUGCACCGAGUUGUGAAGUGAUUAAUUUCCCUCUCAGCAAACCUCUGGGAGGUUCCAGAAUGAAUCUUUCCUGACAGGGUUGUCUUUUCCAGGAACCUGGGGCAUGCACGCCCCACUUGUGUCAUCCACUUCUCAGCAGGGGCAUCCCCUGCUAGAGUUUGUUUUAAUUCCAAAAGGUACCAAGCAGCUGGAACAUGGGGGCCUUGGGGGCCCGGGGUGACACAUAUGAAGACAGUCCCUGGAGAUGCUACUCUUGAUCACAUGGGCCAUGAUCUCUGUCAGGAUGGAUAGUCCUUCCUCCCACCCCACUUGGGGUGGCCCCUUGUCCCCUGACAGUUGAGUUCUGUUGUUCUAAGCCGGGUGUGAGUGGAGCUCCUGCCCUUCUGCUGGACCACAGCCAGCCGUGGCCUGGGGCCGACUAACGGCCUCUUAAACCCGGAGCCCUGCCCUGCUGCCUGCCAGGGCCUUGGUUCUCACCACUCACAGUUGACCUCUGUUUUCAGAAGUGUGUUUAAAUUAUUCAGUGCUAAGAAUCAUCGUCUUUUCCUGAUAAACGUUUGUUUAGAAAAGGAGAGCACAGUCUCAGCAGUUGAAGGUUCUCUACCAUCCAGCCAGAGCAAAACACUGUUUCCCCAGCCUUGGCUCGUAGGAUGUGUGGGUUCCAUUGUGUUUCCAGAUCCCCCUGCUGUGGUAAGACAGGUUAAUGGAGAACACUUCUGAUUAGUUCCCUUUUUGUUUUCUUUCAUAAUUUACUAAAAUAAAGCAUCUACUAGUGUCUGCUUUAGGAAUGUAAAAUGAUUCUGUAUCAAUGUAAAUAAGAUUAUCUACUACAAAGAGAUAUUUAAAACCUAAAUUGUUGUCAUUUCUUCUUUGAAAGAGUUCAGACAGCUUUCUGCAGGUGGCCCAGCAGGGGGUUACUGGUGGUCACCUGCCAGUCAGGCCACCCCACGUCUCUGCUGGCCU